GUGUCAUUCUUCUCUCGUGUAUUUGUGGAACACUUGAGAUUAAGAUUUGUUUUUUGCGUUUUCAGCGUAGGGGUUUAUAUUUUCAGAAAAGUUCCUGGAAAUUACCACAUUUUUAACAUAAAGCCAUGGAUGAUAUAGUUAUGGAAAGCAGUUAAUGUUAGCUAACUGAAUGUUAUCAGUUACAAUUGUCAGAAGUUGGCUAGUCUCAAGCUAGCUACUACGUAGUUAGCUUACGUGGUGGUAGGCUGCUGUUUAUUGCUGUUGUUGGUUGUGGCCAGUCAAAAACAUCACAUUUGUUGGACGUCUUUUAACAUUUAGAAGUUCCCUCGUUUUUUUGGCCUAAGGAGGUCUUCGGCAGAUCUCACCAUGGAUUUGUUCGACAGGAACAGUACAGAACAUGCUAACCUGCCAAGGAACAUGAUUGAGAACAGCAUGUUCGAAGAAGAGCCUGAUGUUGUGGAUUUGGCCAAAGACUCCACUGCAUUCCCAGCCUUUCCUUCUCUUGACCCUGAUGAGGUGUCAUAUGAGCCCCGUAGCUCUCGGUUGCUUGUGCGAGGCCUAGGAGAAAAUGACAUGGAUGAGGACGAGGAGGACUGUGAGUCUUCAGCUCGUCUCCUCGGCAUGUCCUUCAUGAAUCGUAGCUCCGCUCACCGAUCCAACUCUUCCCCCUACACCAGACAGCCUCCACCGAGGUCAUGUUCACGACCCUCAGCUCGCACCAUGGUUGUAUGUGUAUUAUUCCUGGUGAUAGUGGCCUCUAUGACCAUGGUACUCUACUUCUUACCUGGUUGCACCUUUACUAAGGCAGGUUGUCGUAAGCAAAAUAAGACCACUCCAGCAGAGCCAAUCAGCCCCAUUUCCACAAACGGUGAACUGUUUCCAUGGGCCCAGUUCCGACUGCCUCGCAGCAUACGUCCCCUAAGCUAUGAGCUUACCUUAUCUCCUGACUUUGAUGACAUGACGUUCACUGGCAGAACUGUUAUCAACAUGGUCGUUCUUCAUAAUACAAAGAUCAUUGUCCUACAUGGUGCUAAUCUCAACAUUACCAAAGCUACCUUCAAGCUGGAUGAAGGCCAGACCAGAGAUGUGACUGUACUGGAGUACAAACCCAAACAGCAGAUAGCUAUUAAGUUUACAGAGGAGCUGAAAACAGACCAACACUGUGUUUUGACCCUGGAUUACUUUGCCAACCUGUCACACACCUACGAUGGCUUCUACAACAGCUCAUACAUUGACAAAGAUGGAAACAAACGGGUCUUAGCAGCAACACAAUUUGAGCCACUGUCAGCCAGGAAGGCCUUCCCUUGUUUUGAUGAACCAGCUUUCAAAGCCACUUUCCUGAUAAAAAUCAACAGAAAACAAAAUUACAUGACUCUUUCCAACAUGCCUAAGGCCAAAUCCACACCUCUUUCUAAUGACCUUGUGCAGGACGAGUUUGAAAAGAGCAGUGUCAACAUGAGCACAUACCUGGUGGCCUUCAUUGUUGCGAACUUCACCCCUAUCAGCAAAAAUGCUUCAGAAACCAUGGUCUCGGUCUACUCUGUGCCAGAGAAGAAAGAGCAUGCUGACUAUGCUUUGGAAACAGCUUCCAAACUGCUGGAGUUUUAUAACGACUUUUUUGAUAUUAAGUAUCCCCUCCAGAAACUUGAUUUGGUAGCAAUCCCUGACUUCCUAGCAGGUGCCAUGGAGAACUGGGGGCUCAUCACAUUUCGGGAGACCACCCUGCUGGUGGGCAAAGAGUCUUCCCCUCUGGAAAAACAAGUUGUUGCUUCUGUGAUAGCGCAUGAGCUUGCACAUCAGUGGUUUGGAAACCUGGUAACUAUGAGCUGGUGGAACGACCUGUGGCUCAACGAAGGCUUUGCCACCUACAUGCAGUAUAUGUCACUGCAGAUGGUGUUCCCCAAGCUUGACAUCGGUAAUUUAUUCUUAGCAGUGCGGUUCAGAGCCAUGGACAAAGAUGCCCUAAACUCCUCUCACGCUGUGUCAACAGAGGUCAAUACACCGGAACAAGUGGAAGAGAUGUUUGACUCAGUCUCUUAUGAAAAGGGUGCAUCAAUUCUCCUGAUGCUGAAUGCUUCCUUGCCUGGGAAUCAGCAGUUUAGAAAGGGCAUCAUCCACUACCUAAAACAGUUUAGUGGAUUAAAUACAGUAACUGAUGACCUCUGGAACAGCCUCACACAGGUCGAAGUCUCCACACAUCACCAGAAUAUAUCAGAGAUGAUGAGUUCAUGGACAUCACAGAAAGGCUUCCCAUUGGUUACUGUAAGCCGCAAGGGAGAUCAGGUGAUCCUGACACAGGAGCACUUCCUGCUUACAUCUGACAAUAACACGUAUACUUCCAGCUUGUGGAAUAUUCCAGUAACAUACGUAAAUGACAGCUGUAGUUUGGCCCCUGAGUGCAGACAGGUGUUCACUCUGAAGUCCAAGUCAGGAACUUUGAAGCUGCCCGAAAGUGUGAAGUGGCUCAAGUUGAACUACAGAAACACAGGCUUUUACAUCGUCAACUAUGGAGAGGAGGGCUGGGCUGCUCUGACCGAUGCUUUGUCCACAAAUGUCGGUGUUCUUACGCAUGAAGAUCGUGCUUCACUUAUACAUAACAUCUUUGCACUCUCCAGACUGGGACGUGUAUCCUUCCGUCAAGUCCUCAACUUGUUGAACUAUAUGUGCAAUGAAACUGAGACUUCACCUGUAACAGAAGCUCUGCUGCAGCUCAAUAAUAUCUACAGGCUGCUUGAUAAAAGACAGGAGUCUGGUCUAGUUGCCCGCAUGAAGACUUAUAUUAUGUGGCAUUUUGGCUCUUUGAUGGACAACCAAACAUGGUCAGAGGAGGACAGUGUGUCUAAACAGGAGCUGCGUUCAGCUCUCCUGGAGGCUGCCUGUGGUCUAAAGAGCGAAAGCUGCAUUCAGAAAGCAAAAUCCCUGUUUAAACAGUAUGUUGAAUCCAACGGCACCUUCCGGAUUCCAGGUGAUCUGCAGCAAGUUGUCUUCUCUGUGGCUGCUCAGUCAGAGGAAGACUGGCCAACUUUGCUCAGCUUGUAUACACAUGCCACCUACGAUUCAGAGAAGCGAAAAAUUCUGCAGGGUCUGGCAUCGACUCAGGACUCAAGAAAUAUUGUGUGGAUUCUUAAAGCAGGUCUGAAGGGGGAUAUCAUUCAGACACAGGAGUUGCCUUUGGUUAUUAGCACUGUGUGUAAAGGCUUUGCUGGCUAUUUGUUUGCCUGGGAUUUCAUUCAAGUGAACUGGGAUCGCCUCAUUGAGAAGUUCCGUAUAGGUUCUUUUGCAAUCCAAACAAUCAUCAAGUCUUCUACCUCGCAGUUCUCCACACAGACACACCUUGAACAAGUGCAGGCUUUCUUCUCCAGUCUGAAGGAGCGUGGCUCUCAGAUGAGAAGCGUGCAGGAAGCUUUGGAAACCAUCAGGCUGAACCAACUUUGGAUGGACAGGAAUUUGCCAACACUCCAAAAAUGGCUCUAAGAAAGUAACUCCAUCCGGUGUCUGCCUCAACAAAAAACAACUGGGAUGUGUCUUUAAAAAGGCAGCAGUGUUUGCACUUUUGUAGGACUCUGUCUCUUAACUCCAUGAUCCAGAUUUAGUGUACUAAUCAAUGAUGAAGGUUGUGCUCUAGCUGGGUGGACAGGGUUUUAGAUUAUUUGAGAUUGGUCCUGUUAGUUGGACUUGAUAGCUCAGGGUGGCUCCAAUUGUGUGUCUACAGGGUGUUGUCAGACCUAACACACACUCCUCAUAAUUCAUGCUGUCGACCAAACCUUUUCUGCAGAUCUCAUCUAAACCUCAUGCCUGAGCAGACAAUCACGCUUCAGAUGAGCUCCUCUAGCCCAACCGAUUCUCAGGCACAUCUAACCAUGUGAGCUGCAAAAUGGCCACUUAAAGAAUCAAAAGUAUGAUGAAUGUCAUCAUCAUUGUAUGUGUGAGAACUGUCAGUUGUAUAUAAUGCAUCUGUCAGGGUUUCCACAGCAACGAUGAGCUGAAGUUACUACUACUUGAAAGAUGCAAUUACCCUUAGUGUUAAAUUGUCUAGGAGAAAUAAUUGCCUGUCUGUAUUAACUAUUUAUGCAAGGUGAAGCAUUUGCUAUAUUAGUCAUGGCUGGGUUACGUUGAUUGACCAAUGGCUUAAAAUACCAAACUUAUACUUAUUUUGGCAUCAGUUGAAUGUACUAAAAACCUUCCCACUGUGUACAGUAGAGGAUGUAUAAAAAAACAGCGCAGGUUUAAAUCAACAACCAAUGUGUCUUGGGUGAAAGCGGGCAGUGCACACUGGAGCCAAAUGUUCAUUUCUUUGUUUCUUCCUCCUCCAGCCAUUAAACACUUUUGAGCUUUGAUUAGGGCUGGGUAGUUUACCAAAUUUGUAUAUGUGUUUUUAUUUUAAAAAAAAACAAAAGAAGGAAAAAAAAAUCAGAUAACAGUUUUAUGUAGACAUCUUGCAUUUCCUUUUUAAAGUCUUUGCGGUGUGUGUGUGUGUACUCAUUCACACAGCCUCUUCCUUUCCUUCUGUAUUUGUCAGCUACUCUGUGAGCUUCAACUUGACAAUGUUGUCCACGUUUUUCUUUUAGAAAAUUAACUUGAUUUAAAUGUAGCAAUGUGUUGGACAAUCCCUGGUUGAAUUAUGAAGAUUGUCGCCAGGAUGAACAUGUGAACGCUUGCUUUUCCUUCUCCUGUCUGCUGCCUGGCUGUGAGCUGUGCAUGUGAACUGAUGGCCUUUUCCAUUACAUGGUAUUGUAUGCUUUUUUUUAAAAAAGUUUUCUAAUGUAGUGCCACACAAAAUUGAAUGAUACGUUUUUUACUACAACCUUAGCUAAGGUGCAGAAUAAACUGGGAUAAUGCUAUAAGAUGAUGUGGAAACACAACAUGAAUGGUCAAAACAAACUGUUACCUGUACACGUGUGGGUGGAAGUAAGAUCUUUACAGCAUUAGCACUUAUUACCUUACAUUUUAGUACUCUAAUGUUGUUUGAAAGUCCAUUGCAAAAUUUAUUUCAUAAGUCAUGGACAUCUCAGGCCCGACCAAUGCACACAUGAGUAUGUUUGUCAAAAGUGAAUAUGAAAUAAUGGGUUGAUCUGCUUUUAUUAUGAUAACUCUCAAAAGAUAUUCAGACAUUUUUUAAAACUUUUUGCAAACUAAUUCACUCCAAGGAACAAUCAAUACUCCUACAUACUCACUUGUAAGUUGCUUUAGAGAAAAAUGUUUGCUAUUAGGACUCUCUAUGAUAAACACACAUGGGGAAGUUUUCUGUUAUGAUAAACAUCUGGUCUCUCCCAUAUUGUGGGGAUACUGUCUUUGGUGGAAAAUUAAACAUGGAAGAGCCCUACUGUACUGUACCAUGUCAUGGGAAACACCAUAACAUUUACAGUCCUUUUAGACCUAAGUACAAAAGCAGACAUUGUUUUAAAUUUGAUGAUGUCACAUGUAAAAUCAACAAUGGCUGACUAAUCUUUAGUAUUAACAGCCACUAAUUCACUCACAGUUUUUAAAACAUAGUGCUGUCUGAUGAGAAGAAAAGCAAAAAUUUAAAUAAAAUUUAACUGGAGUUUAUUUAAAUUAAGUAUCUAAAUGCAAAGAUCAUUGGAGAAAAGCCCUCAGAUGUUAACUACUGAUGGUGUUUGACAGUAGAACAUACAUGUAGUGUUUUACAGCAGUGUUACCAAUAUUAUAAUAGAGAAUACCAAGAUAUUAUGUACUGCCAUUUGUUUGGUGAGGUGUCAUUUCUUUAGGUCACUGCCCAGCCCUAGCUCUGCACCACAUGUUUUUUUAUUAUUGCUUAUUUGCCUGCAGUGCAGUCACUGUACAGAGUUGCUCUUUUACUCUACACUCUUGUAAAGUUGUAAUUAUAAUGUAAAUAUGGCCAACUUUGCGCUUUUGGAUAUAUCAUUCUAUAUAUUUUCGUUUUUAGCAUUAUAACAUUUGCUUUCUGUUAUGUGUGUGUAAAUACAGUUUAUAAGAGGGAUUAUAUAAAUAGAAUUAUUCAACAGGCAAGGUCAAACCUAUUUUUUUUCCUCUAUUUCCUGAUUUAGACAUCAAAAGAUGGUCUUUGAUGGAUGCCGUUUUAAGGGCUAAUGUGCAUACCGAGGGUACUAAGUAAAAUGUUUGUCUAGCAAAACUGUUACUUAUAAGUCAAAAUGGGAAAAAAACAUGCACAACCUACUCCAGAAUUACUCAGCCAUGUUUCUUAUGUUUUUAUAGUUUAGUUUUUUUGUUUUAUAUAUAUAUAUAUAUAUAUAUAUAUAUAUAUAUAUAUACAUUUUACUCUUACUUUUGCUCCAAAGUUUUUUAAAGACAAAAGUGCAUCCAAAGUGGUACUUAUUUAAGUUGACUUCCCUGUUAACUCGAACAGGCUUGCAUUUAUUUUUAUUAUUAUUUAAGCUUCUUGGUCCGAUUUUUGUAUGGGAUUGUUACAAACGAAAAUCAUAAGAUCUGUGUUAAAUUUUGUUCAGUGGUACCCUCAAUGAAUACAAGUUGAAUAAUUGUGACUACUUGUGGCUGGUUAGACAGUUCAGGGACUAUUAGAUGCUACAGAAAACUGAGGAAUGAUGUUUGAGAGAAUGAGGAGUCAUGAUAUUUUACUGUUGUUACCAACUCAUCAUGGCAGAUCUAAAGUAGAGAAACUUGUGUGUAGUAAACCUGUCAGAUUGUUUUUGAUUAUGCACUGGGAUGAUAUGCUGUAAAUGCUUCUGAAAUGUUUUUCCUCAUUUGAAGAAAAUAUAAAUGAGCAGUUUUAUGAAAAAUGUCCGGAUUUCAUUAUGAUGGAAAUUUAAAGGGAUCUUUCAUCGUCAGAUUUUCUCAAAUUGUUUACUUAAGGUUUGUAAGUUCUCCGCCACUUAUUAACAUAACCCAAAGUUUACCUCCCAGCUUUUUAUGAUUAAACAAAACAGUUCAGAGAUUUUCAAUAUUUACACUCCAAAUAAAGUUAAACAACCACCACUUUUGUUCUUAUGGGUAUCGGUUAUAAAAUAAUUGUGUUUCCUGCUUAUAAUGUGAGCCACGCUGAAUUUAAUAUGAAUCACUGUGAAAAAUUAACUUUGUAUUAGUUUAAUUCAGUUAAGUAAAACAACUUUAUUGUUCCCUAGAGGGGAAUUUAGUUUGACAGUCUUUAUGAUCACACUACAACAGAGCCUUAAUUAAAAACAGCAUUGACAAUCAUAAGCAGACAAAUGUGUCAAAGUGUGCAACAGCUUUGGCAAGGAUGUAAUUACAACUAAAACAAUGACCAUAAGGCAAAGUCAGAAUAAAUACAAAAUAAUAAUUGAAACAAAUACAAUUAGAUGUCUGAUUAGCAGCAGCUGUGAGCAUGAGCACUGCUGCAAGGUUAGUUGGAAUAAGGUCAGAGCUGGGAGAAGAUAACAUUAUGUGAAUUUACAUCAAAAUAAAACAAUAAUACGGAUUAAACACACUGUACCAUUAAAAAAAAAAAAAAAAAAAAAAAAAAA